CAGGUGCAGAAAGUAGUUUCUCCCUGCUCUGGGGCAGCUGCUACCAGCCUGAAGCAAAGGGGCAGGGGCUGCCCCCAGGCCGGCAGUCAAGAGGCCUAGCAGCGAAGACCAGUGGAGCCUAUCUCCGCGGCAGGGUAGGGCAGGAAGUGGGGCGGGGUUUGAAGUGGAAUCUGGUACCCCAAACUGCUGCAGCACGAAUCACCUACCAGUUGGGAGAAGAUGCUUGGGGGUCUAGGAGUCCUUCCAGCUCUGCCUGCCACCAUCUGCGGCCUCUUCUUGCUGUCCGCAGCCUGCCUGGGCCCUGGAUGCCAGGCCCUGUGGGUGCAUGGGGGCCCACCAUCUGUGACAGUGAGGAUGGGGGACGAGGCCCGACUCCAGUGCAAGAACAAUGCCACCAGGCCCAAUGUCACCUGGUGGCUCCUCAUCCAGGGCAACCACUCCUAUCCGCCCCAGUUCCUGGGCUCAGGCCAAGGCUCCAAGGGCGAGUGGACCAUUCCAAAAGUGAACAAGAGCCACAGGGGCGUGUACCAGUGCCGAGUGGAAGAUAAUGGAAAAUCAAUGUCUUCCUGCGGUACCUACCUGCGUAUUCGAGAGCCACCCCCCAGACCCUUCCUGGACAUGGGAGAGGGCACCAAGAACCGCAUCAUCACAGCCGAGGGCAUCAUCCUGCUGUUCUGUGCUGUGGUGCCGGGGACACUGCUGUUGUUCAGGAAGCGCUGGCAGAAUGAAAGGUUUGGGGUGGACACCCAGGAUGACUACGAAGAUGAAAAUCUUUAUGAAGGCCUGAACAUCGAUGACUGCUCCAUGUAUGAGGACAUCUCCAGGGGCCUCCAGGGUACCUACCAGGACGUGGGCAGCCUCCACAUCGGAGAUGUCCAACUGGAGAAGCCGUGACUCCUCCCUCUACACAGGAACCCUGCCAGACCUAUCCUGCCUGCUACGAGCAGCCAACUCCAGCUUCUCUCCUGGAAUGUUCUCUCCUCUUUCCUGGGAGCUUCCUGAGUCAUCUUCCCCCUCGGAGUGUCCCACUCUUCCCUGGAGACUGCCCUCCCCCACUAACCCAGCCCUCCCCUGUUGCCUUUCCCAGGCUCCCUCCCUAGCGGGUAAUGAGCCCUUAAUCGCUGCCUCUAGGGGAGCUGAUUACAACAGCCUCGUUAGUGUCACCCCCUCCUCCCGGAUCUGUCAUGGCCACUUAGUGAUAAUAAAUCCUUCCCAACUGCA